AUGGGAAGGCAAAACAAGGAUCAUGCAGUAGUUGGAUCAUCGAUCGCACUAUUGCAAGAGAGAUUUAAGCAGCUGCAGAGAUUGAAAGAGAUGAGAGAAGAGAGACAGCUUCUCAGUCUUCUGCCUCAAACAAAAGAUUGUUAUUAUUAUGAAGAGCCUUCGGAAAAGCUAAUAAUAAGCACUAGCUUUUCAACUUCUGAUCAAUCAGCUUUGCGGGACCCACUUGCCCUCGGACUCAAUUCCCAUGCCCGUGACGACGUGGCACAUUUUCGAGCAAUUAAACCUGCUAGGCAGUUUACUUCUGCUACUGCAAGAGGGGCCCACAGCAGUUUCUUCGAAAAAACUGAUGUUGUCGAUACUUCUCUUCGUCUCUAG